AACCAGGAACCCCACACCUUGCCAGGAGACAUUUUUUUCACCCGCAAUUUGGUGCCAGUGGUGCCCCAAACUCCCUCGCUUCCGAUUUACCCGAGAGGCGGCUCGACUGCCUGUGUUGGGUGCAUCAUGGGUGCCAUCAUGAUGCCCCGUUGGGUGACUCACGUGUCUGUAUCGAACGAGUCUAGCGGGUGCGGAACAACACGAAUCCGGUCCGCUGACGGUAAGGCGACGAGGCGAGUGGACAGUAAUCACGAUCAAUCUUCGAUGCGGCCAUCUCCACGAAGCGCUACCAGAAGAUCGUCGACUGGAAGGAAUCAGACGCAAUAAGCAAAAGCCGUGUGAAGCUGGUAGAGGUAGGUCAGCCGUGGUCAGCAUUGUUCACAACAUCCAGCACCCCAUCACUGCAUAUCACCCCAGAGUUUGCCAGCAACCCACCACAAUGUCUUCCCAACUCAUCAAUCCACCUUUCGUUCACCCUCCAAGGCCAACAUACAGUCAUGUCCAAACCACUCCCAUCUCUCCGACGAGCACAUUGAUCACCAUCGCCGGCCAGAUCGGGAUAGACGGCAAAUCCAGGACACUUCCGCCCACAUUCUCUGGUCAAGUACAGGUGGCUUUGGACAACCUGGGCAAGUGUCUACAAGCAGUUGGCGCAACACCGGCCGAUAUCAUCAAGGUGACGCAUUAUGUUGUCAACCUAGAUCCCAAAGACACUUCCAGAGCAGAGGCGUACCUCAAGUUCAUUGGUGAUCAUCGACCACCCAGCACUCUACUCGGCGUUGCGGCAUUGGCAGAUCCAGAGUUGCUCUACGAGGUUGAGGCUAUGGCUAUUUUACAUCAGAAGUAAACGCGUCGAACGCGAGAGAACCCAUCUACCAUUGAAGAAAUUCAUGCUGGUAUCAGCAGUAGAGCCUCUUGCCGAAGCGAGGCAGUGUAAUUUCCAACACCUUCAUACAACACCAUCCGGGUCAUCAACGCAUUAC